AUGGCUGCAAGUGAGAUAAUGAACAAUCUGCCUAUGCAUUCCCUCGAUUCUUCUCUAAGGGAUUUACUUAACGAUGACUUAUUCAUUGAAAGUGAUGAAUCGACCAAGUCGGUAAAUGAUCAGAGGAGUGAAGUAUUUCAAGAAUGUGUGAACCUUUUCAUAAAAAGAGAUAUCAAGGAUUGCCUAGAAAAAAUGUCUGAGGUUGGAUUUAUUGAUAUUACCGUUUUCAAGUCCAACCCUAUGAUAUUAGAUUUAUUUGUCAGCGCCUGUGAUAUUAUGCCCAGCUUUACCAAAUUAGGUUUAACACUGCAGAGUGAGAUUUUGAAUAUUUUCACGUUAGAUACCCCUCAAUGUAUUGAGACAAGAAAAAUUAUUCUCGGUGACCUCAGUAAACUUUUGGUCAUCAAUAAAUUCUUUCGAUGCUGUAUCAAGGUUAUUCAGUUUAACUUAACUGAUCACACCGAACAAGAAGAAAAAACUCUGGAGCUUGAAUCCAUAAUGAGUGAUUUCAUUUUCGUAUACAUAACGAAAAUGAGGACAACUAUAGAUGUAGUUGGCUUACAAGAAUUAAUCGAGAUAUUCAUCUUUCAGGUGAAGGUAAAACUGCAUCAUAAAAAACCCUCACCGAAUAUGUAUUGGGCGCUUUGCAAAACAUUACCUAAGUUAUCUCCAACCCUAAAGGGCCUUUACUUAUCUAAAGAUGUUUCCAUAGAGGAUGCUAUUCUGAACUCAAUAGAUAAUAAAAUACAAAAAGAUAAGGCGAAGUCUAAAGGUAAACAAAGAGGAGUGAAACAGAAAAUACACCAUUUUCACGAGCCUAUGUUACACAAUAGUAGUGAAGAACAGGUUAAGGUUGAGGAUGCGUUUAAUCAACGCACCUCUACUGAUAGUAGACUCCAGAGUACUGGAACGGCGCCCCGUAAAAAAAACAAUGAUAUUACUGUUCUGGCUGGUUCAUUUUGGGCUGUCCUGAAGCAUCAUUUCACAAGAAGUGUGCUGAACAAAAACGGACUUCUGCUCACAGGUCUGCUGCUACUCUUAUGUUUGAAAAAAUAUAAGUCAUUGAUGGCAAUUUUCAAACAUGUUCCAGCGGCCUUUCACACUGUAUACCCCCAGAUUGUAGGGUUGCUAAAACUUCUAGCGAGUAUAUGA